CGUGUUUGUCAAAACGAUUUCAUCGUCAUAUGUUUUGUGUGUCGCACGAAAACGUUCUGUCAAAUAUAUGGUAUUUCACCAAUUAAUUACUAUUUAAUAUUAUUAUCAUAUUAUUAACAAAUAAUAUAAAAAUAAAUUACUAUUUAUACUUUAUGUCAUCAAUAGAUAACCAUAAUGGCGAGAAAGACUAAUAGUGCAACUGCUAGAUUAAAACAAGAUUAUUUGCGGUUAAAAAAAGAUCCAGUACCUUAUGUUGUUGCAGAACCAGUUCCUUCAAAUAUUCUCGAAUGGCACUAUGUCGUAAAAGGACCAGAAAAUACACCGUACGAAGGUGGUUAUUAUCAUGGUAAAUUAGUGUUUCCUGGUGAAUUUCCAUUUCAACCACCAAGUAUAUAUAUGACAACACCAAACGGUAGAUUUAAAGUCAAUACGCGAUUGUGCUUAUCAAUAUCUGACUUUCACCCUGAUACGUGGAAUCCUGCUUGGAGUGUAUCAACUAUUCUCACGGGUCUUUUAAGUUUUAUGAUUGAAAAAAGUCCUACUCUUGGUAGUAUAAAUACAUCCGACUGGGAAAAAAAACAAUGGGCAUAUCAGAGUUUAGAGUUUAAUCUAAAAGACAAAACGUUUUGUGAAUUAUUUCCGGACACAGUUACGGAGAUUAACAGCGAACUGGAAAGCCGAAAAGAACGAGAGAUGCAAACAAGACAUCAAUCUACAACAUCUGAAGUAUCCUCAUUAAUUCGUAAUCAAUUAAAUAGAGAACAAAGUCCUAUUCAUAGCGCAUUAACAAAUUUAGCAGUUAUUGUAGGAUUUGCUGCAUUUGCUUAUACUGUCAAAUAUGUACUAAGAAGUAUUGCGAUGGAAUGAGUGAUAUAAAAAAACGUAAAUAAAAUUAUUAAGGUAAUAAAGUAUCUUAGAAAAAAAAAGUU